UUCAACGCAGACAUGCCGCGACCCAGCCAAGAUGGGUUAGAGUGGGAAGAAAAAACCUUCGGCAUCGAGCCACGAUGGACGCGGGAGCCAGCCAUCAAGGCCAUCGAAAACGUAUGCCGCCAGCGACUUAUCAUCCCCCCUGACGACUCCUGCGAGAUCAGUUUUCACGCGUCUGGUGCAUUCAAUAAGCUCUACACUGUCGAAUCGUCUGAACAAACCCUUAUCAUGCGCGUAUCGCUGCCCGUCUGCCCGCGCGACAAGACGCGUGGUGAGGUAUCUACUUUGCAAUGGGUCUCCAACCACACCCAGGUCCCGGUUCCAAAAGUGAUUAGCUUCGACGAUAGUAGCGAUAAUGAGAUUGGGUUUGAGUGGAGUUUGAUGGAGUUUGUCAGAGGGACGUCUGCGUACACACGAUGGCGAACUUUGUCGAUGGAGCACAAAGUCGCGAUUACGAGACAGCUGGCGGAGUUUCAGGCGGAGUUUUUAGGGUGCAGAUUUGAGGCUGUAGGAACGCUUCAAGAAGGCGGCUCGACACAAGAAUCCGGGAUUUUCCGCCCCGGCCAGCUUGUGUCCCAUGGAUUUUUUAUGGGCGAUCGUCUGCAUUACAACAUCCCACGAGGUCCUUUCUACUCCAGUCACGACUGGAUGAGCGCACAGUUAAACAUUGUUCUACUUGAACAGACGGCAAAGUUGGAGAAAGCGGAAGAUGAAGAUGACCAGGAAGAUGCAGAGGAUUGUCUUUCUACAGUACGGAAGCUUCUUGACCUCCUCCCUACAGUGUUCCCUCCUGGUGGGGGAGAGCCUGCAAGUCUAUAUCAUAACGACCUCCACCUCAACAACAUCUUCAUAGAUGAAAACGGUAAAAUCACUAGUGUUCUUGACUGGGAAUGUGUCUCAGCGGUGCCUCUUUGGCUGGCAAUCACGGCACCCAAGUUUCUUGAAGAAACCCCGCGGGAAGAGGAGCCGCAGCGAGACGAGUACGCUGACGAGUCUGAUGCAGAGCGUGAAGAUCCACACUCCUUAGACAACGAGGGCAAAAAUGACCUUUACUGGAUUCACAGAAUGGAAUAUGACGCCACGCAGCUACAAAAAGUCUACAAAGCCAGAUUAGAGGAACUAACGCCGGAGCUACCCCUCAAGGAAAGUUUUACAAAGGUAGAAUUCUUCCGAGCAGUCGAACAGUGUGAUGGAAUAUGGGUGAAAAAGGCGGGCAGAUGGGCUGAUCGUACGAAACAAGGUGAGGUCCUUCAAUUUGUAGAUGCGUAGCGGCCAAUGCAGUAUGAUUUGUACUGGGACAUGCAUCAAGGGCAUCGAUCUUUCGACUGUUUCUUCUCGCCCUGGCCGAAUGGGUGGGACUUGAUACUUCCAUCGAGAGCAUCCUAGCAUCAUAAGUCAUAAGAUUUAAUAGACGACUAAGGAAACCAAAUGUUCUCGAGUACACUGUCCUACUCUUUUGCAUGCUACAAAACCUCGGUAUUGUUUGGAAUCAACGUUUGGAAUACUAUAAACAUCAUGUGUGAAGCCCUCUCUCUAUACUUAUAAAUUUGUAAGUUUGGUAGAUAACUAUGAGGGUUGAGAGGUAAACAAGUAACAUCGUCUCUCGUCUUUCCUUGAUAGGUACUUGUAUAGACUCGUUGAGAGAGUCACGGGAUGUGAAAGAAACUGCGCCUUUCUGCUGUAGUGGCAUUUAUAUGCUAGAUUUGUUCUGAACCCCCCUUCCAUCCUAGGAGUUGUGUGGGGUUUCAGUGAUCGUGAUGCCUUGUUUUUGGUCCCUGUCUGUCAUCAGUAAAAUGAUUAGUGUGCAUAGUGUAAGCAGCGUACCGAUAUUGAUAUCCCUCUGCGCGGAGUUGAUGAUAGUGCCCUUGUUGAUAAGUUAUGGAGGCGACUAAUAUCACUGAAACAAGCACGGGUAACAAAACCUACAUUGUCAAUAACGACGGCACAGUCAUAAAUUCCUCUCAGGGCGAUAUGAGAAUCGUUUAACAGACUAUUAACUAUGGAUAGAUUAGGUAGAGCUUCGAUCAACAAAGAU